GGUUAACAUUCGAUAUGUAGACGACGCUACCCCCCUCCCCCGUCAGCGUCAAGUCUUUUUUCCCCAAUAACGUUAACGUUCCGUUUCGUUGAAUGCCGCCAGUUUUGACGUUUCCUUGUCUUCCGUGUAGUAAUAUGCAACAGUGGUUUGAAAAAUGUCCAUUUUAGAAGAGCCAAAGGAUUACAUGAAAGAACCAGUGGUUUUCAAGAAAGAGUUUGGUGAUUACACGGCAUUUUAUAUUGCAAUAGGUAUUUGCACUGUUUUUGGGGCAUUCCUCUUCUUGCUGAAUAUAGUGUUUUGCUGCUGUUCAAAGUACAAAGAAUAUUGGAAGGACAGUAAUACAGGCAAUCGUUGGCUUGUGUCAAUUUGGACGAAAACUCCACAUCAUCAGCCACCACUUGACCUUACAGAACUUGAGGAGUGUUAUAUACCCUCAAAACCGAUUGCUGCCGAAUAUCCUCAGGAGUAUUUGGAACUUCAAAAGCGUGAGAGUGAUCUCUAAUCUGCAAUGGCUUUCCAUAUCUACUGGCCAGCUCUGACAGUAUUUACCUUGUUUAUUCUGGGGAUUAUUAUUGUCAUGCUUAAAUAUGGUCCCAGAAUAUGCAAAACACGACACACAGCAAAACCAACAGAGUAUGAA